ACAGCAAUCGCAACAACCCCAGCGCUCGUCUCCAGGGGACGAUGCUCUGGCUCUCCAGCAGCUUGCGAGCGGUGGCUCAGCUGCUCCGCUCCCCCGGGCUCACCUUCGCCGCCUGGUUCUUGUUGCUUCACCUUGGACCUCCCAUGCCUCUGGCUUCCUCUUUUCUGACAGGCUCUGUUGCAAAUUGUGAAAAUGAGGGAGAAGUUCUACAGAUCCCCUCUAUCACAGACAAUCCUUGCAUAAUGUGCAUUUGCCUGAACAAAGAAGCGUCAUGCAAACAAGAAAAGUGUCCAGUACUUUCGAAGGAGUGUGCUCUGGUCAUUAAGCAGAAAGGAACGUGCUGUGAGCGAUGCAAAGGUUGCAGUUUUGAACAGAAUUCAUAUAAUAGCUCAGUGUCAUGGAAGGCGCCAGACAAACCCUGUAUCAUGCACCAAUGUCAGGAAGGAGUGAUAACAGAAUCUGCGAUUCACUGCAUUGUCCACUGUAAAAACCCUUCAAAACAGCCAGGAAUGUGUUGCCCGACAUGUCCAGGUUGUACGUUUGAAGGUAGACAUUACUAUGAAGGUGAGGAAUUUCGGCCUGAAGGGAACAAAUGCAUCACGUGUGCUUGUAUUGGUGGCAGGACACAGUGUGUGCAAGAAGUGUGUCCCAUUCUUUCAUGUCCCCAGCAUCUCAGUCACACGCCUCCCGGGCAGUGUUGCCCAAAAUGUUUGGGACAGAGGAAAGUGUUCGAUCUCCCAUUUGGAAGCUGCCUCUUCCACAGCGAUGUUUAUGAUAAUGGAACCUCCUUUGUCUACGACAACUGUACGAAGUGUACAUGUAGGAAUUCCACUGUGGUGUGUAAGAAGAAAUGUGCGCCUCCUGGGGAGUGCCUCAAAACCAAAGAUCAGUGCUGCAAGGAGUGCGUGUCGUACAUGUCUUCUGAGGAAGCAAAAGUGUGCAAGUUUGGCAACAAGUUCUUCCGGGAUGGAGAGAUGUGGUCCUCCGUUAACUGCACCAUCUGUGCUUGUGUGAAAGGCAAGACAGAGUGUCGCAAGAAGCAGUGCAUUCCAGUCAGCAGCUGCCCUCAUGGAAAGAUCCUCAAUCGAAAAGGAUGCUGUCCCAUUUGCACUGAAAAGCCUGGAGUUUGCACUGUAUUUGGAGACCCCCACUACAACACUUUUGACGGACGGACAUUUAACUUUCAGGGAACAUGUCAGUACGUUUUGACGAAAGACUGCUCCUCCUCUACCUCGCCCUUCCAGGUGCUGGUGAAGAAUGAUGCCCGGCGGACCCGCUCUUUUUCCUGGACCAAAACUGUAGACCUUGUGCUGGGCAGCAGCACCGUCAGCCUGCACCAGCACCUCACAGUAAAGUGGAACGGGACACGGAUAUCCCUACCUUAUGAAACGCCACACUUUCACAUUGACCUGGAAGGCUAUCUAUUGAAAGUGACAACCAAAACAGGACUGGAAAUCUCUUGGGAUGGAGACAGUUUUGUGGAAGUCAUGGCAGCACCACAUCUUAAAGGCAGGCUUUGUGGUCUGUGUGGCAACUACAAUGGCCACAAGAGAGAUGACCUGAUUGGAGGUGAUGGGAAUUUUAAGUUUGAUGUGGAUGACUUUGCUGAGUCCUGGCGGGUGGAAUCAAAUGAAUUCUGUACUCGACCUCCAAGGAAGCAGUUUCCUGAGCUGUGCCAAGGAACAGUGAGGGUAAAACUCCGCGCCCAUCGAGAAUGUCAAAAACUCAAAGCAUGGGAUUUUCAGACUUGCCACUCAACUGUGGACUACACUAUGUUUUAUCGGUCCUGCGUGACAGACAUGUGCGAGUGCCCGGUUCAUAAGAACUGCUACUGUGAAUCGUUCCUUGCCUAUGCCAGAGCCUGUCAGAGGGAAGGCCUGAAAGUCCAUUGGAAACCUGAGCAAAAUUGUGCUGCAACACAAUGUAAACACGGUGCAGUUUAUGAUACCUGCGGUCCUGGAUGUGUGAAAACCUGUGACAACUGGAAUGAGAUUGGUCCCUGCAAUAAACCAUGUGUUGCCGGAUGCCACUGCCCGGCAAACUUAGUCCAUCACAAAGGACGAUGCAUCAAGCCCAUUCUCUGCCCACAACGGUGACAUUAGCUUUUAUCGCCGAGGACUUUGACACUUGUAUCUUUGAUACCUUUCGAAGCUCACAGCCAAUGAAGGACUGCAGUGUUUGUUGGCAGAUUUUGCAAAGCGCUCUCGCAAAGAGUGCAGAAAUGUGUGUGCCUAUAUAUUUAUAUGUGUAUAUGGAUAUACAAGUGUGUAUGUAAGUACGUGUGUGGUCAUAGAAAUAUGUGUGCAGUUAUGAGCAGUUUCUGCCUGUAUGUAUGAGUGCUUUGACCAUAUGUGCAGAGAGAACAGAUGUAAAGAAUUCAAUGGCCAUGCGCUUGGCAUCUCGGGAUAAAGGAAAUGGCAGCAGCAUCUGCCACGCACCAGCACAAUCUGAAUGCCCCACGUGUUGAAGCCCCAAACCAAAUCCUCAGUCCAGCAACCCUAGUAUAAUCCUACCACAUGAUGUCCAACAGGCCAUCACUCACUUCUGUGGCCUAGCACCACUAGGGCUCGCCCUACCAUUAGGCAGACUGAGGCAACUGCCUCAGGUGGCAGUUUCCGGGAGGAUGGGUAAAGGUGGCAAGGUGUUGGAGGGGAGAGCUGCAUGUGUUCCACUGUGCCCUCAAAGCUACCUUGCUGCACUCAAUGCAGCAGAGGCAGUCAGCGUUGAAGCAAGAUUCAGCUGCCAAUCUGGUUGGCUUCUGUACCUGGAAUAGGGGAGGGGCAUCUGGUCCUUUGCCUCAGGCAUCAAAACUUCUUGGGCCGGCCUUGACCCUCACUGGUUCUAAAGCAUCGAGGCCCUUAUCCCAUCGGGCAC